GAUUCCGAAUUUAGUGUGCUUCACGUACUUCCUUUUUCAAAAACGUGUACUCGUCUUAUGAAAGUUGAUCAAACUUGUAUAUGAGUUUGUUUGGUAGUAUAAGGAUGGCUUCUGCAUCAGUAUUGCGGCGACUAACACAACGAGCUGACGAAGCAGAGAAAAUCAUCACUGAACUGAAAGCUACCAUAGAACUUUUGAAGGAUAAGGCUGCUGUCGUUGAAAGUAAACCUGAGGAAAAAAGACUGCAACAGGACAAUGCAAAGCUUAGAAAGGAAAUUGAUGCCUUAAAAAUCCAGCUUGUUCUCUCCGAAGUGAGAAAUGGAGUGACACAGGUUGCCCUGCCUUCCCAGGCAGUGGUUGCCCAGUGUGUAGACAAGGCGAAAGCCAAUGCCCAGCCCUCAGCACCAACCGCUGACAAGAAGGCAGAAGUGCUUGAGCAAUCUGAAAAAGUCAAAGACAAUAAAAAAUCCAACAAAAAAGGCAAGGAGGCUGCCAAUUCUGGUGAAGCCAAGUCAAAGAAGGGCAAAGCAGCCACAUCUGGUCCUGCUGAGCCAGAAAAGAUGGAUAUUUCCCGAUUGGAUUUACGUGUGGGAAAAAUUGUAGAAGUAGAAAAACAUCCAGAUGCAGACACACUGUACAUAGAAAAGGUGGAUGUCGGGGAGGAGCAGCCGCGAACUGUCGUGUCUGGACUGGUCAAGCACGUCACCCUGGAGGAGAUGCAAAACAGAGUUGCUGUGUUUAUGCUAAACCUGAAACCUGCCAAAAUGAGGGGAGUGCUGUCCCAGGCUAUGAUAAUGUGUGCCAGCAGUCCUGAGAAAGUGGAGAUACUCAAUGUACCCCAGGGAGCUCAGAUAGGGGACAAGGUUGUGGCUGAAGGCUACUCAGGUGAACCAGAUGCAAUUUUAAAUCCAAAGAAAAAGGUGUGGGAGGCCUUGAAGCCAGACCUUAGAACAAAUGGUGAUCGAGUCGCUACCUGGAAAGGUGCUCCAUUAAAAAUAGAAGGAAAGGGUCAAAUUGUAGCCCCAACGUUGGGUGAUGUACAGAUCCAGUAGGAUUUGGAGGAUCAGCAAUUUUUUGAAUUAUGUAAACAUACCUAAAAUUCAAUAAAACAAGGACCGUUUUAUGGUCAAGCAGC